CAUGGAUGUAAGUACUUCAUCAAAUUCUCAGAUCUCUACUCUGGCUAACAGCCUUUGGCCCAGCCUGUCACCUUCUGGAGCUGGAUUCCCCACUUGGCCAGGACAGGCCACUCAACCCGCACCGUGCUGGACAGGCCAGCCAAACACACCCUGCUGGCCUGGGAUGCAACCAGCUCCAGUCUCUGUCCCCACUCCAAUUCCACUCCAAGCUCCCACUCAAGUCGUAACACCACCUCCUGCGCCAACCACAACUGUAGUUCCAGCUCCAACUGCAGUGCAGCCCUGUCAGCCUUGCUGGCCAGGCACCCAGUACCAGCCUCCUCAGCCACCAGCUCCAAUUCAAGUUCAAGUCCCAAAUCCAACUCCAACUCCAGUUCCAGUGCCUGCACCUGCUCCCAGCAUCCAUCCAAAUGUACCAGGCUGGCCUGCAAAUCCCGGCUGGCCCUAUAACCCGGGACAAUCAGGGUGGCCUGGGCAGAAUCCGUCCAUCAUGCCUCCACACUGGCUCCCACCCACAUCUGGACCUCUAAGCGUGCCAUACAACUUGAACCUGGCCCGAGGGGUGUAUGACAAAAUGAUGAUGACGAUCUUGGGCUAUGUGAAACCUAACGCUAAAAUGUUCACAGUGAACUUCCUGAGAGGCAACGACAUCGCCUUUCACAUCAACCCCCGCUUCAACGAGGCGGCCAAGCAGGUGCUUGUCCGCAACCACAAGCUGGGUGAACGCUGGGGUGCCGAAGAGAGAGACCUGAAGGGUCCCUUCCCUUUUGCGCUUGGGAGCCCUUUUGAG